UUGAAAUAUGCUAAAACCAAAAACCCAGUGAGCGGAAGACCUGCUAGGGUUUUUUGGGACCAUUUCCAGUUCAAAAUUUGAAAUUGAUCAUCUAAUAUUGACUGAAACGAUGGUAUUGCUUUCCAAAUUGAAAGUCGUUACCCUCAGAUUGUGUUAUUCUCCAUCUUCCUGCAUAGUUGCUUCCACAUUUAAACGAUUUGUCGUUGGAGAUGUAAAACCCUCACAUUUUCCUCUUCAAAAUCUGCUACUCUGCAGACACUUCACCUCAGAAAUCUCAGAAACCCACCACGAUUUCACAGUCAAUUACCUCAUAAACUCAUGUGGGCUGUCCCCAGAAGGUGCGAUUUCAGCGUCUAAGUGGGUCAAGUUGCGAUCCCCCAAAAGAGCAGACUCCGUUUUGUCCUUUCUCAGAAACCAUGGAUUCUCUGAGACCCAGAUCUCCAGUAUCGUCAGGAAUCACUCUCCAGUUCUUAACUCCAAUCCGGAGAAAACCCUUUUGCCAAAGCUUGAGUUUUUCGCUUCUCUUGGAGUUUCAAAGGGGGACCUUGCAAAAACUCUGGCAUAUAGACCGAAGCUUUUGUCUACGAGCUUGGAGAAACGGAUUGCACCCACUUAUGAUUUCCUUAGGAGUCUGCUUUCUCAGAAAAAUGUCGUUUCCGUUUUAAAGCGCGGCCCCUGGAUUUUCGCUGAAGGCCACUCCAAGAAGGUGGAGCCAAAUAUUGAGGUUUUGAAAAAAUCAGGUAUACCCCAAUCGUGCAUUUCUCUGUUGCUUACUUAUCAUCCCAACGCUUUAAAGCUAAAGCCUAAAGAUCUUGGUCAACUUGUGGAUGAGCUUAAUGGAAUGGGUUUUGAUCUGCAAAAAUCAACUUCAGUGUUAGCAAUGAACGUAUUGUGUGGUAGCAAUAGGUCUGUAUGGAAUCGAAGUUGCAAAAUUUAUAAGAGGUGGGGGUGGUCUGAGGAUGAUGUUCUCGCUGCUUUCAGGAGUCAGCCUCAUUGUAUGAUUGUCUCGGAGAAGAAAUUAAUACGAGCACUGGAAUUUUUAGUGAACGAGAUGGGGUGGUCUUCAAAAAUGAUUGCAAAAAGCCCGCUGGUCCUCUGUUUAAGUUUGGAGAAGAGAUUGGUUCCAAGGUGUUCAGUUGUUAAAGUUUUAUUGUUGAAAGGAUUGAUAAAGGGGAUUGAAAAUGUGAGUUUGUAUUCUUUGUUGGUGCCUGCGGAGAAGUAUUUCUUGGAGAGGUUUGUGGCCAGAAAUAUAAAUGAAGUACCUCAGUUAUUGAGUGUGUAUCAAGGAAGAGUUGAAGUCCAGGAUGUAUGAUGGUGGUAGGUCAAAAGAGUUGAAGUCCAGGAUGUCUGAUGGUGGUAGUAUCGUAGAUGCAGUGCUGUUCAUUUCCAUUGGUAGGAGCUAACUUUUGGCUCAGCAUUCACUGCUCAUUGCUAGUACCUCCUUUAGUUAUGUACACUAAUCUCCCUUGGGCAUGUUGUUUGCAUAACCAUGCGAAGAGCUAGUGAGGGCCAGGAUGCAAGAUCAUAUCUAGUGCAGUAUUGGAUCCGAAGCUGAGCAAACUGUGCGAAAACUACCGCUUUGUUUUUCGGUUUAAUGUGAAGUCUAAGGAAGAGAAAUCCUAAGCAGAAAGCCGGUGAAGUAAGGUUAUGAAAGGUAGUUUGUUCGUUCGUCCGAAAAAGAAAGAUUGAAACAGCCAAGAACAGCGAAAACCUUUCAAGCGGCAAGUUCUAACCUUAUUGCAGGAAAUGCAUAUCUUGUUAACUUAUCUGAAAACAACUUGAUGAUGACAGGCGCUGCUCUCUGUGGUUGUGGUGCCUUCAACUGUAGAUGGUUCUUGAGUUUGUUCGUCUGGGAACUGCCUUCGGUAGAUUGUACACAUUAUAAUCUUAUUCUGGAGAUGAAAAAUACAAAGUAACUUGUCUGAAUUUUCACAUUAAAAGUUGUGUUGGAUAUCAUUGAUUGUCUGUGAGUUCUCUGUGUUAUGCUGUGCUAGUGUCUAUGAUAUUCCUCCACAAGCAGUUAUCCUUGUUUUUGGUGGCAAUGGCUGGGUAAAGUAUCACUGUAUCAUUGUGCUUC